CCAGACGCCAAACCUCACUAGGCCGUCAUUUCAUCUCGGUAGGAAUGGCAGAUCGACCGUGAAGAAGAUGGCGACUGCUCUACAAUGCCUCCUCGCAGCGACCUCUACGUCCGCAGCCCGCCCGACUUCGUAGAGCUGUCCAAGGACUGCGCCGUCCUCGCCCGCGGUCUGACAGUCUUUCCCGAUGGAACCUCCACGCUCGACUUCCAGGACGAGGCGGUGCUGCGCGCUCUGACAGAGAGGCUUCUCCUCAAGGACUUUGGUGUGCACGUCUCAGAAGGACUCAGCCCUGAUCGGCUCUGUCCUGCAGUGCCGAACCGCCUCGCGUACGUUGCCUGGAUCGAGGACCUCGUGCACGGCACGGAUCUGAGCUUGUCUAGGGGCAGAAUCAACGUGGAUGAAAAGAGCGGUCAGACGGAAAGGAAGAAGAGAAAGCUCGAAGCUGAAAAGCGGAGGAUCCUCGACGUUGGCACAGGCGCCUGCUGCAUAUAUGCGCUCCUCGGUUGCGCCACGAACCCGGACUGGACCUUUGUCGGGACUGACAUCGACGCUGGGUCUCUUCAGCGUGCUCGCCGCAUCGUCUUGGACCCUCUCAACGCCGAGGUGCAGCUGCGCGAACGCAUCACCCUCGUCGAACGCAGGACCGAUGACCCGCUUCUGUUCUUCUCUCCCUCCUCUCCGGCGGACGCAUGGCCUGCGUACCACGCAACAAUGUGCAACCCGCCCUUUUACGCUUCCCGCGACGAGAUGGCUCGCUCCGCCGCCGAAAAGGCGACACCGCCGAGCGCCAUGUGCACGGGUGCCGACGUGGAGAUGACGACGGCAGGCGGCGAGGUCGCCUUUGUCUCGCGGAUCAUCGACGAGAGCUGCCUCGAGCCGGCUCGCUCUAGCGUCGUCUGGUUCACGAGCAUGGUCGGCAAGCACGCUUCCGUUGCCGCGCUCGUCACGAAGCUCGCCUCGGCUGGUGUGGACAACUUUCUUGUAAACGACCUCGUCAGCGGCAGCAAGACACGCCGCUGGAUCCUCUCGUGGUCCCAUCUCCCAUACCAUCCCCGCCUCACCUCCAGCUCGGCAUCGCGGCGCGCUUCUGCCGCAGCGGCUGCUUCACGCUCACUAAUUGACUGCCUCUGUCGGACAUUCAAGCUCGCCGAGCUGCACUCGGCUUCGUCGCUUGCUAAAACGCUCGCGGCACUGCACGGCGACGUAGUCGAGGUCACGCAGGACUCGGUUGUUCCAGACUCGAUCCGCUUUCGGGCGUGGAGGGACGCAUGGACCCGUCGAGCGCGCCGGUCCAAGGCUGCCGUGAUCUGCGACACCUCCAAAGCACCUGUACUGGCCUGCACCUGCACCUUUCGCCAGGCCUCGGCAGAGGGAGAGCACCACCUCGACGUCGAGUGGACGUAUGGAAGCAGCAGAGACUUCUUCGAGACCUUUGUCAGCUCCGUCAUUGUCCGCUGGGUCAAUCCAUGAGGCAAGGUGUAUCUAUCAAUCUUCUUUAAUCUUUGUUGAUUGACAUUCAAACACAACACAUUCCCGUUUGAGUUGAACGAUG